AUGCUUGCUACAUCAAAAAACGGUGUCGAUGCACCCCCACAACCUCGACGAUCUAUUGCAGCUGGCUGUGAGGGGUUCCGCACCGAUCUCUGGCUGCAUGAGCAUCAACUGCACUUCACAUCAGAUCCCCAGGAAGAAAAUGACCUCCAGCUGCAGCUCGAUCUGCUCUUCACCGACUUGCAUGCCGAAGAUCCGCCCGAACACGUCCAGAUGAUCAUGACUGAAGCUUCACCAACAUAA